UAAAAAUAUUAAUAUAAUUGCAAUUUUAUUGGUGCGCUGCAAGAAAAGAAUAAGCAACCAAUUUGCAUACUGUGCGGCAAAUAGGCACAAGGCAGAAAUUUGCUAGCUGAGAGGAAGAAGGGAAACAAUUUCUGCCGGCAGACGCUUUUUUUGCAACGAGAGAAAGAAGAAAAAAAACGCGAAACGUGAGCAGCUUUUUGGUGUGUUGUGUUCCGAUUUUAUGAGCCAUGUCGAAUGUGGAAAUCUACGAUACGUCCAACUCGGAACUGAGCAGCGAUGAAUACAGCCACGACGAGGACGACGAUGCUUUAAUGGAUGUCGCUGUCAGCAAACAAACCCCACCAAAGUCCACAGAAACAUCGCCGGCCAAAACAGAUAACAGCGCUGCAACAACACCCAGAAAAUUAUCGGCUGACUUGGAUGCAGUUGUUGCCGCCGCCGCCGGCUCAACUAAGACUCGGGCGCCAGCCUCUGGGUCAGCAACGCAGCGUCAGAUUAAGCAAAUGCAACGCAACAACGAAGCAAAUUAUUAUUUUAAGCAGCGCAGCCUGAAGUGGUUGCAACGUUUGGCCAAAAAACGUGACUAUUCGCGUCAGUUGAAGCUCUCGUUACCCAUUCGAGAGGCGCAAGCGAGGCGCCGCCGGGCCAAAAGAAUUGUGAACAUGGAGCAGCUGGCGCUGCAGAUGGCGCUGCAACGUAAACGCAGCGAACGCACCCCAAGUCCUAGUCGCAGUCGCAGUCGCAGCGACAGCCCCAGUGGCUCAGAAGUGGUCUGUCUGGACGACACCGAGAACGAGGAUUCGCCCGAGAAACUAAACGAGACGCCGGCACUCAACUAUGCCCCAAGUGUUGGACUACAACUGGAGUUGGCAACGGAAACGGAUGCAACGCUAGCUAACAAUGGCAAUGUGCUGGAUGAAUUCUUGACAAUGAAACCGGCUUUGGCAGCUGAGCCGAUUAGCGAACAGGUCGUAGCCGUUGCCGCUGGUGAGUUGAAGAAGGAGCUGGAACUGCCACAGCAGGAGUUGCCCAUGCAGCUAAUUGUGGAACCAGCAGCAGCAACUAGCUUGCCCAUGCCUGUGGAGGCGGAGGCAACAAUCAAACGCCGUCGCUCGAUUACGCCGCCUCCUCCAGUGGCAGCAGUAGCAGCAGCAGCAGCAGCUGAGGCAAAUGUGGAGAAGCGCAUUAAACCCAUGCUCGCUGCUCCUGAAUUCCUGGAUGAUGACAUCAUUGAGUUCUUGCCGGUGCAGCCAAUGACAACGAUGCCGACGACGCCACUGUCCAAAGCAGCAACAGCACCAUCAGCAGCUGUUGCCACUUUCAGACCCAACAUUGAGCCGGGCUUCAAACUGGGCUCGCCCUACACACUGACUCCAUCGUCUGCUGGCGGCAUCGACUUAUACACACAGAAGAAGCUGAUGUGUCAACAGCGGCAGCAGCCGGAGAAUUUGACUGCCAGCAAUUCAUAUAACUUGGAGACGCCGCCGGUCGUUGAACCCAUGGAGAUAGUCUAUCCAAGUGAAAAGACGCUGCCCAUAAAGACAACUUCAAGCCAACAGCCAGUUGUGAUUCAACAGGUGACAGUUAAUGAGGCGCCCAUUUUUGCCACGCCCUACAACCUGCAACAACAGCAGCAGCAGCACUUGCAACUACAACAACAUCAGCAGUUGCAACAGCAACCACAACAACAACUGCAACCCACAGCUCAGCUGCUGCAGCCACGUCCACCCAAGCCACGCUCCGAAUCCGCCAACAGACAGACGCAGACACAAACGCCAGCAGCUCCUCCUCCAGCAGCUUCUCCGGCUCCUCCAGCUGCCCCAGCAGUGCCUGCAACAAAUGCACGCAACAAACCGAACUCAGUUGAACUGAAUAAUAGCAACAACAAUAGCGAUGCAAUCUUCCAUCAGCGUGUCAAGGAGCUGUACACAGAACUCGAUGACAUUAUGAAUGAUAAGGUGCGCAGCGUUAAGCCGGAACUCAAAUCCUUCGAUGAGGAGAGGAUGCGCAUUGAGGCGGACAUCGAGACGCUGGACAAUUUGAUUGCCCAGAAGGAGACGGAGUAUAAUCGACUGCUGCACUUGCGCUGCAUCAAGGAGGAGUUGCGCGUCCGCAUCCAGCGCAAGGAGCGCAUUGUCAUCAUGAAGGAGAUUCUGCCAACGAUCCUUAACAGAAAUUGCAGCACAUCGGAGCUGUAUGAACUGAAUUCGCUGCUGCUCAGCGAACAUAAUGCACCGAUGCCUUCCUCCUCGACGCGCUUCGGACUGAAUGCGAUGAGUCAACUCAUCGAUCGGGUGGAAAAUAGUCUCGAUGAUAUUAAAAUGUUGCGCGGCGUCCUGGGCAUGCCGGAGAAGCCUGCCGCUCGAGUGGACAUGUCCAUGCCGCCGCCUCCUACUCAGCAUUAUGGGGCACCAUCGUCGCACCACAGACGCAACUCGGUGCCGGCAAUGCGUCCGCCCCAACCCCCUGUGGCAAUCGAUACUUCAGCUGUCUAUGGACACAAUGAAUAUCAACAUGGUGACGCUGAGGAGUCAAUGUACUCGGCCAGGCGCCAUAAACUACAGCCGCCACAGUCACGUUUUCAGCAGCUAAUCAAUGAGUCCAAGCAGCUGAUAAAUUCUACACCGGAUCUCAGUGCAGCAUCCACAUACCGCAAUCGACAGCAGCAGCAGCAACAGCAGCAGUCGUCACAUCAUCAUCAUCAGCCUCAUCAUUCGCAUCCAAUGGAUGCGCAUCGCAGUCAUCCCAACUCGCUGGACAACCAUUUCGAUAAUGAUGUCCCAGUCAAACCGUUAUACAACAGCAGCCCGCUGGGCAAGCAGCACAGUCAGCGCCAAGUCAAUGAUAUACAUCCGCAUUAUAAUGACACACAUUCCAUAUAUCGUACGGAGGAUCGCAGCAGGAACAACAACAACAAUAAUAAUUCAAUUAAUAAUAGAAGCAAACGCUUUGCAAAUGGACCAGAAGAUCAGCUGAUGGAGCGCAGCUGUCAGCAUUGUGAGAGGCGCAAGGCGACCAUUCUAUGUGGCAGCUGUAAGAAUCAAUGGUACUGCAGUCGAGAGUGUCAGAUACGCGCCUGGGAUGCUGAACAUUGCGAGACGUGCACCAACUAGGAUAUAUAUAUAUAUAUAUAUAUAUAUAUACUCGCUG